AUGGAGUCACUAUUGAGGAUCAGUAAGAUAGCAUCUAGGGAUAAUAUUAAAGAGCUAAGGAUGCUUUAUAAUCAUGUAGAGAGUUGUGUAAGAAAUUUGAAAUCCCUUAAACUUGACACAUCUGGUUACGGCUCAUUGCUAAUUCCAAUCUUAAAAGAUAGAUUGCCUGACGAAAUUACCAUGAUUAUUUCCAGAAAAUUUGGCGAGGAGAUCUGGACACUUGAUAAAGUCAUGGAAUAUUUUAAUAGUGAGCUUCGAGCACAAGAGAAUUGUAGUGCAUCCACUUCGAAUAGAUCUAUCCAGAAAGAAUCGCAAAGGAAGGGGGCAUAUUAUACUACUAGUGGGUUGUUUGGUCAGACCAAUAAGGUUGCAUGCGUUUAUUGUGGCAAGGAGGGUCAUUCAUCAUCCAAAUGCAGUAGUGUUUCGAAUUGCCAAUCCCGAAAGGCCAUUCUCCGUAGAAACAAGCGGUGUUUUAUAUGCUUAGAUACUGGACAUAUUGCCAAAAAUUGUAAGUCCCAUUACUUAUGUAGGAAGUGUAAGACUGGCAAGCACCAUAUAUCCAUAUGCGAAUAUACACCAGCAGAUCCCCCAGGUAUAAAUCGGGAGGAAGAUAAGAAUGCAACAACUAAUGAUAACAAGGGUUUUGUAGUACAUGCUGACUGUGAUAAAAGCGGUAUACUAUUGCAGACAGCUAGAGCGGAUAUAUUACCUACAGAUGACAAUGUGCAAGUCCAGACUAGAAUUUUAUUUGACAGCGGUAGUCAGAGGUCAUAUAUAUCUGACAAGGUUAGAAGUACACUGAAAUUGAAGGCAAUUAGAGUGGAGAAAGUUGUAAUCAAAACCUUUGGGCAGGCUGAGAAUAGUGAGGUACAGGAACUUGAUAUAGUUCAACUUAAGGUUAGAAAUAAAGGUGAUGCUAGAUUUACAUUUGUAGAAGCCCUAUGUGUCCCAACCAUAUGUAGUCCGCUGACACAUCAGCCCCUGUCAAGUGUGCAUGAAUUACCGGAAUUUGCAGGGUUGGAAUUUGCUGACUUUGAGCACAAGCAACACCAAAAUCUUCCAGUCGGCAUUUUGAUUGGCAUCGAUUUUUACCAUGUCUUUAUGACUGGUAAGGUUAUAAGAAGUAAAUUAGGCCCUGUUGCAUGUAAAACUAGAGUGGGAUGGGUACUUAGUGGUCGAAUUGGCUCAAGUACAUCAGAUAUGCAUUGUUUUGAAACACAUUUGCUACGUGCUUCGGUGGAGCAGUCAGAGUCAGACAUAAGCUUACGGCAAGAACUGGAUAAGUUUUGGAAUGUGAAGAGCAUAGGCACUAAAACUGACAGUGUUGUUGACCAAUUCGAAAAUGACAUUAUUCAUGACGGAACUAGGUACAUCACAAAAUUACCAUUUAAACCUGAUCAUGAGGUGCUCCCUGACAAUUUUAAGGUUUGUGAAGGACGGCUUAAAUCACUAAAGAAUAAGUUGGCUGUGAGUAACAUUUUGCAUGAAUACAAUCAAAUAUUCUCGGAGUAUGAAGAAAACGGUAUAAUAGAGCGUGUUCCAUCAGCUGAGGUUGCAAGGGAAACGGGGCAAGUACACUACCUUCCCCAUAGGCCGGUUAUACGCAAUGAUAAACAGACUACCAAAAUACGUGCAGUAUUUGAUGCCUCAUGUAAAGUCAGUGGUCCUUCUUUAAAUGAAUGCCUUUAUUCAGGUCCUAACCUGAUAGCUAAGAUUUUUAACAUUUUACUUCGGUUUAGAUUGAAUAAGAUUGGGGUAUUAGCUGACAUAAAACAAGCUUUUCUAAAUGUUGGUAUAGAUGCACAGCAUAGAGACUACCUUAGAUUUUUGUGGUAUGAUUUGCAAGCUGAGGAUGAGCAGGUAGUAAUUUACAGGUUUUUAAGAGUAGUUUUCGGAAUUACGAGUAGUCCAUUUUUAUUGAAUGGGACCAUACGACAUCACCUCAGUAAUUACUUAGAGAAAGAAAGAGAAAUAGCACAGCGAGUUAAAGAUGAUCUUUAUGUUGAUGAUUUGGUCAGUGGCUGUAAUAAACUUGAGGAGGGUAAAGCCCUAUAUGAUAGAAGUAAGGCAAUUUUAUCGGAAGCCGGUUUUAAUUUGCGCAAAUGGGUCACCAAUGACAAAGAAUUAGCAGGGUACAUUGCGUCAAGGGAAAACGGAGACAACAAUUUACUAGAUAAAGAUAAUGACAUGACUUAUUUUGAGGCAACGUCACCAAACAUCACUGGCGAGCAUCAAGUUGUUUUAGGUGUAGGGUGGGACACAACCUCUGAUGAAUUAAUUUUUCGUUUCGACGAUUUGAUUUCAAAAUGUGCCACCGUUAAACACACGAAAAGGAAUAUGUUGAGCAUUUCUGCUUCUAUUUUCGACCCAUUAGGUUUCAUUGCUCCAGUCACUGCCAAAAUCAAAACCAUUUUUCAGUUGCUUUGCAAAGAUAAAUUGGACUGGGAUGAAAUUAUACCUGAAAAAAUUGCGGAUGUUUGA